AUGAAGAUAGUGAAUUUAUCUUCCAAAUUAUUAGUUCAUCCCACCACUAAUGUAGUUUCGAUUCCGUCUGUUUCGUAUAAGCCUCUUCAACGAAUUACAGAACGGUAUCAUGCGCCUCGUGACAACACCGUAGCCUUACACCACUAUCUUGGCCUUGCGAUUAGGUCUCAGGUACUGUCGUGGGCCAGCAGUUUUAUACUCCCUACGGGUGUGGGCAGAUACUGCUCGGUCCACGAAUAUGACCAUCACUUUCGAGUCUCCAAACCAGGACGGUACGUUAAUUUUGGCCAGGAUCUCGAUUCCACCCUCCUGGAAACGCUGAAGACGACUGGUUACGAUGAUUCAGUUGACCCCAGUGUUAAGUACUGGAUAAUUUGA